AUGCAGUUUUCCAAAGUCCUCACCGUCCUAGCCCUUGGCUUUUCCGUCAACGCCUUGCCGACCGGCGUUCUUCCCGGGGGCUCGGAGAUCGCUGCACGAGGAGACAACGUUCUCGCCGCUCGCAGUCCAGCGGGCAGUUACGAGUGUCCCAAAUGCUAUGGUAAAGGUAAACAGUGCCGCUGUAUGACGGAUGAUCUGAGUAGGGGAUAUUGCUCCUUUUUCCGCAAGGCGUGA